AUGAAUGAUUUGAGUUCUGCGAUGGAGGAAGUACGGUUGUCUUCACAACCGAUCGAUAUGGAGGAGUCUUCUGAAGCUGUGACGAUGGAGGAAGAUUCCAACAUGUCUGUCGAUGAGAAGAGAGAGCAGGAGUACAAACUUCGGGUCCUUGAAGCUUUGGAAAAAGGAGUUCAGCAUCAGCUGAAAAAGAAAAAAGAUCUUGGGGUGGAUAUUCUAUCUGAUCUGGGUGUCCUUGGCCAGAUGAAAGAGUGUAUUCUGGAUAAAAACAAAUAUAUCGACAAGAAACUCUCUGAAAAAGCGCUGUCAGAUUCAGCCCUUUCGAACUACUCGAGACAGAAUGCUCCCUCGGAAUUGGUACAUAUGCCAGACAUGCAGAACGAACGCGAUGCUACUGACUAUUACGAGAUGACUCCUGGGGGAUGUGAUGUGCAUGUGAUUCGGGUAUUCAUGACCCCGACAGAUAAAUCUGUAAAUCAAUUGGAAUUUUCAGUCUCACAUCACACACACAUGAUACUCGACCUCAACUCACCUGAAGACGGCAUCAAAUUGCUUGAAGAAGUCAAACAGAUGAUUAAAUAUCUCGUACAACACGGAGACUAUUCCAUUAACUAUCAAAACACCAUCAUUGCAAGACUAGAACAAGAUCGCGAAAUUAUUGCAACAACCAAACCGAGUCGUGAGCGCCGCGAAGCUAUAAACUUCCUUCAUAAACACUAUGACCGUUACGAGGCCGAUAAAAAAAGAAUGGACGCACGCAUGUUCUGUGGACCAGUCUUCAAUCGAAGACUUUUCAAAUACAACCAGUCUAAAGGAUUAGAGUUGAGACACCUUUCUGAUAAGAAAUAA